AUUAUCCUCUGGUGUUAGUGUUUGAUAAGAACAGAAUGGAGUUUUUUCAUAUUUUAUUUUUGUUUAGCUUCGAUUUUCUUUCUGUGAUGCAGGCUUCUGGUAAGCCAGAUCCACCAACAGAUGUCCAAAUACAUGUUAAUGGAAGUACAGCCAGGGUGUCGUGGAUAAUUCCUACUAACCAAGGGAUAACUUGGUCCCGGAUUUAUCUCCAGGAUUCCAAAAAUAAAACGUGGGAUUUAAAUCUAAGUCCAAAAAUUAAAUAUAUUGAUAUCAUGUCUACAACAAAUAGCUUUGAGAUAGAAAAUCUAAAGAUGUGUUCAGAGUAUAUUGUAAAAAUAAAAUGUAUUAUAAAGGGUGAUCCUAAAUAUUCAGAUUUCACCAGGCAACAUUUCUGGAUGACAAAUAAAACUUUUAUUGCUGACAUCAAUCAAAAUGUUACUUUAUCAUGGACGACCAGUUUAACCGAGUUUUUUAAUGUCCAGUCAGCCUUCAAUUCGACGAUUAUAUACGGAGUACAAGGCGGCGGUUAUAUCAUAUCUAAUUCUGAAAGCGGGAAAUAUAUAUUUGACGACACGCAAACGCAUGUGAAAGAUAUAAAGGUUACAGUUAUCCAUGUGAAUAAGAUUGAUGCUGGGUUAUACAGCGCAGAAACAACAAAUGGAAAUGUGGACGGGUGCUGUUUGUUGAUUGUGACAACAAAACCAAUUAAACCAGUUUUAACCAUUCAACCUGAGCAUCCAUUUGUGGGUGAUAACAUUACCUUUACGUGUUCUUCGACGAUACAACGGUGGCCUACAGGAUAUGGAACUUCACACCUGUCAUAUCAGUUUAUUGGGAACAAAAGAGGAGCUACUGAUAACAAUGAGUUACAGAUAAACAAACUCACUCUGUCAGACAAAGGAACAUCCAUAAAAUGUCAGGCAACUGAUAACCUUAUGCAAGUGUCGAAUAUGAGUACUACUGUUACCUUAGAUCCCUUUUUAUUUAUAUGUUCAGGAAGUCAUCAAAGCAAAUUUAAUAACACAAAACAUCCGGAUUUUCAGGCCAGUACCGGAGUACUGGCUACUAGACUAACAGUCAACCAGCAGAGGCAUCGACCCAGUGGUAGUAAUACCAUUAACAGUACAAAUUUUCCUGCAUCAGAUGCACAUUUCGACUAUACAUGUCUCUUCAGUGAUGCUAUAAUCCAGUGA